AGCUUUCUUUUCUAAGGGCAAAAGUACAGGAUCAGGGAGCCGCUGCGCCAGCCCCCUCCCCGGGUCUUGAAACAUAUCUCCCGAGUCAGCAUUUUGCAGCUUUUCUUGGCUUCUAUUGCCUUGUUUGCCUCUCCCACCCCCGCUUCUUUUUCAAUUAGAGAUUCAUUCUUUUUUGUAGGGGUUUGAAGGCAGCCGCGGAAAGCAACCACCUGUGAAAUUGCUGUUCUGCAAGUGGUGGUGGGUGCGUGUGUAGCACAGUUGGUAGGGCAGAAGAGAAUUGGCGGGAGCAGAAGCAGCCUGUUUGAUACUGCCUGAAAAAAAAUCGAACAACAUGAAACCGGUUAUUGUGGUUCAUGGUGGAGCUGGUCGCAUCUUUAAGGAGCGGGAAGAUGGAAGUCGUUCCGGUGUCACCAGAGCAGCACUGAAAGGUUACAGUAUCCUUAAACAAGGAGGGAGUGCAUUAAAUGCAGUUGAAGAAGCUGUGAUAGUAAUGGAAAAUGAUCCACAUUUUAAUGCAGGUUGUGGCUCUGUGUUAAAUGAAAAGGGUGAAGUGGAAAUGGAUGCCAUUAUCAUGGAUGGGAAAAAUCUUGCAUCAGGAGCAGUAUCUGCAGUGAAAUGUAUAGCUAACCCAAUAAAGCUUGCUCGUCUCGUCAUGGAAAAGACUGACCACAUGUUGCUGACUGAUCAGGGGGCCUUUGCCUUUGCUAGGGCCAUGGGAGUUUCCGAGGUUCCUGGAGAGGCAUUAAUCACUGAAAGGUCACUGGAGAGGUGGAAGAAAAACCUUGAAGCUGAUUCGAACCCUCAAGAGUUUCAAAAAGACCUUGGAACGGUUGGAGCCGUUGCUAUCGACAGUGCAGGAAAUGUAGCUUGUGCAACAUCAACAGGGGGACUUACUAACAAACGAGUUGGCCGUGUUGGCGAUACAGCAUGCAUAGGAAGUGGUGGUUAUGCAGAUAACAAUGUCGGUGCCACUUCUACCACAGGCCAUGGAGAGAGCAUCAUGAAAGUAGUUCUUGCAAGACUUAUCCUCUAUUACAUGGAACAAGGGAAGUCGCCAGGAGAUGCUGCUGAUGCUGCCCUAAACUGCAUGAAAACCAGAGUUGGGGGGUUGGGUGGGGUCAUUGUAAUCAGCAGUUCAGGAGAUUGGGCUGCAAGGUUCUCCACCAAGCAGAUGUCCUGGGCUACAGUAAAGGAUGACCAGCUACAGUGCGGCAUUUAUGCUGGGGAAAAACACGUGCAAUCUGCUGAAGAAGCCCUUAGUUCAAUGGAAUUCUAAAAGCAGGGAAUUAAGAGCAGGUUAUAUAGUGGGAUGAAGAUUAUAGACCUUUGUUGGAAACUGAUUCUGUUGUCCCCUUGAGAAUGAGGCAUGCACUUUUCUCCCAGAUCAAUACCUUAAGGGGCGCCUUUCCACCUGAUAUGAUUAUCAUGUGGAAAUCAGUAUCCACAGUAGAUCAAACUUAGUCUGAUGUCCUGGACAGACUUGCAUCACACAUUUGUUUCUGGGUUGUUUAUGUUCAGGUUCUUACCUGUAUUCCGAUUGAAAAUGAUUUCACAAUCUAUUAACAUGUUUGUUGACUUUCACGCCACAGUACAAGAAGAAGCUAUCCCAGAAUAUUUUAUUUUUGGAUGUGAUCUCAUUGGCUUCAGUGAAAGAACAUGUGCUGAACAGUGUGUUCUUAUCACCCAGAAGACUAGCACUGAAGUGAAUACAUUUAUAAUAUUAAUAAGGAAAGUUAUAUGCACUUCAGUGUGUACAUGAUUAGAUUAUGUUUUCAUGUAAUUUAAAAAGUGGUAUGUAGGAGUGUGAAGCAAAUGGGGUGGGGGGAAGCAACCCUAAGUAUUUUGGUGAUGAUGGGAAAAUGAACUGACAGUUCAAACUGCAUGCUUAGCCAGCGAUUCUAUACCCAUUUAGCUGGCAGGAAGCCCAGCGGUGCUGCCUGGAUUAUUUAAACCAUGGUGGGUUGUGGCGGAUGCCAGACCACAUGUGCAUAUUCAAGUUGCCACCGCCGCUUGUCGUGUCAUGCAUACCCAGCGAGGUUGGGUUGUUGGCGAAGUUAACAAACCACCCACAACCCUAAAACAGCCCAAGGUUGCUGCUUGAAUAUGCAACGUGGCUGUCCAUAUGUGCCAUUAGUUUAAUGUGUGAAUAGGCCCAGUUAGUCCCAUUGGAGAGUUAUGAGUAGCUUUUAGUAGAGGUGUAGGAUCACAUUGUUAAGAUGUUACCGCUUUUAUGAGAACUUUGAAAAGUUCUGGGAUGACUGUAGUCACUGAUUGCUUCCAAUCUUAUCUAAUCUUCUAAUCUUAUCACUAUAAGAUUAGGCUAUUUGAUCACAAAAGUUUUCAUUUGAAAAGAAUUUUAAAAAACAUAGUUCUCUUGUUUAGAGAAAUAUGCAAGGGAACUCAAAAGCCCUGUUCAGAAGACACCUUAAACCAUGGCAAAUAAGUUUUCAUAUUGAGAUAUCAGCCUUCUAGAAUUGAUUUCCUUUUAUUUGGAUGAAGGAAUCGUAGACUAUAGAAAGCAAAAUCAUGUGGCAAAGCACAACCUAUAUAUGAUGAUUGAUAGCUUAUAAACAAUAACGUUUACUGAAGUAGUUAUUAAUUAGGAAAAGAAGCUCCGCUGUAUAAUGUUACAGUAAUGUUUUAUCACAAUGCAUUUUUGGAGGUUCUUUUAGCACUCAGGUAGGAAUUUACAGAGUGAAAUGUAUUUUCCAGUUAUAAUACUAACAAGAAAGUUUUUUCUUUUUUUCUUUUUUUUUAAGGGAAGCUAUUUUCCGGGGCAGGGGAAAUACAGGGCAUGCUUAUCCUUUUAUUCCUUUCAUACUACUGUAAUUCACUAAUUUAAGUCAUAUUUAGAUACAGGUUUGGCCCCAUAUCCCCUUCUCCACCUGGGAAGUAAUUGAUGGUGUGCCAAUGUACAUUACAUUCCUUAUUAAAAUGACUCCAGUAUGUUUUUAAAGUAUAUAACUCAUGCAUAAUUUAUGGCUCAAGUGAAUUGUUAGAAAAUCAAGUUUGUUUUAAGUGGCAUUUAGAAAUGGGUUCUCUUGUGGAAUAGCAAGAGUACAUUCAAGUUUAUUGUUGAUAUGGUGAUUAGCCUAUGAUAGAAGUAAAAAUAAUAUGGUUAAAACAGAAGUAAAAGUAAUCUGAUUAAACAGCAUGUAAAGGUUAGCAAUAUCUGGAGUAAAACAUAGGUUUGGAGGACUUGCUUAUUCCAUCCUGUGGGAAGACUUAAAUAUUAGCUGCCAAAACAUUCAGUAGUAGGAUUCCCCCACCCCGCCCCGCCCUUCCAAAAUGUGUAAAAAUGUCCCUUUUUAAAAUGAAGGAAAGAAUUUUAAUUGUAAACCAGUGAAAUGAGCUAUGAAUCUGUAUUUCUAAAAAUAAGAGUACAGUACCUUAUUGUAGAGCAUACAGUAUAUCUCUUCAUCUUCUCAUUUAUUCAACUAUGAGAGACAUAGUGCUAACAUGUUAUGAGUUGAGGGCUACUGCUAAGUUGCACUGUAAUAAACAUUAUUUGUUUGUUUGUUUGUUUUUAUGCCUCUUCUUCCUUGCAUGGAACAGCCUUGUCAGGCUCACAUCCCAAGCAGUCACAUCCUCACUAAUGACGAUGCCUUGGAUAGGGCUUUCCUUGCAUUCAGUUAGCUUGGCAGUGAUCCAUGUUGCUGUGACUUCUUUGCUUGACUGGGUUGAUCUAGCAGACCAUGCAUCUUUUCCCCCUUCUUUCUGAUGUUGAUCUGUCUGUCUAACCUGAACAAUUCUGCCUAGCCUGAUAUUUAGACCACAACCCACAAAAUCUCAUGCCUAGUUCUACAUGCCCACUUUUUCUUCCUGAACAGCAGCUUUUCCUCCUUCAUCUCCCACCCCACCCCCAUGACAAGCUGCUUUUAAA